AUGCCGAUGAAAGAUCAGGAGGGCGGCCGCUCAGAUGCAAGACAUUUUAUCCAGUCUCGCGCCGAAUACAUGGAUCUCAAAGAAAUAAGUGCCGAACGCAAUACUAAGGAACAAAGCGCUCAUCAAAAAGUUGAUUACGCGCCUCUCCAUCCAUCAACACGCUCUUGGGAGGUGCCAAGGGAUCACGUGUCUGUAGAAAAAAUUAUUGGUAAAGGUGCUUUUGGUCAGGUUGCUAAGGGAACAGCUGAGCAACUUCGAGGGAGACCUGGGACAACUAUAGUGGCUAUUAAAAUGCUCAAAAGUAUGAUGUUACAUUUCUUAAAAAUUGUUUAUAUCUCCUGAAAUUUUCAUGUUGGCAGUAUGGGUUCUUAUUCUCCAUUCUUUUAAGAUGCUUCCUACUGUUUUUAUUUAACUGUGAGAGUGAUAAUACUUGCAGUAUUAGACACGCUUGACGCGCGUGCAAAUCCUAAGCACUGUACGUGUGCAACGGUCAAACUGCACGUCACUACGGGCACCUUAGUGUAUUAGAAAAUGCACGCGUGACAAUGAAACGCUAACUUUGUGUAAAUGUGUAACCUACACAAAGUUAGUCAUCUCUAACUCAUUUAAUGCAUGUUCUGAGACAAAAGUAUGUGUAAGAAAAACAAACAAAUUGGAGUCACUCUUCUUCUUAAGAAAUCAGUCGAGAAUGAGCGAGUCACUGUAUUUUUUGGGUCUCUUAUGAAUUGAAAACAUGUGUUUAUAAUCGGUACGCCGUCGUGUAGGUGAUCGAAAAAGCUUUUCAAAGUUCGCCAGUUCAAAGUGGCACUUGCGAACGCCAGUUCAAAGUGGCGAUCGCCCUUUCAAAAUCUUAACUUGUUUUAUCUCCAGGUAACGCUGCAGAAUCUGACAAGAGAGAUUUGAUGGUGGAACUUGACACAAUGAAGCAGCUAAAACCACAUCCUCACGUCAUCAAACUUUUGGGAUGUGUUACGGAAUCUGGUGAGCUGAUACUUGCAGCUGUUUACUUUAUUCGUGUAUGACGUCACACUUUUGGAGAUUAAUAGAAAACGGAGAUCACAAGGUUGUAGUGGGUUGAGUUUAUGAGGUUACUUAAACGCCUUUUUCAAAUGAAAUUCAUCAAAAUUGAUUUCCCGCCGAAACCGGUCAAAAGAAAGGCGAACUGGUUACUAGAUCAAAAAAAGAAACAAAAACAGAAAUAGUCUGCCAGAAUUCAAAGUACAUAUAUAUAAAUCGUGGUUAUAGUCUAUCCGUGCGGUAUAGUAAUCGAUGCGUCCGCAGAGCGUGCUAUAUCUGAAACUUGAACUAAUCAAAAACACAUGACUUUUUCUGUGACUCUGACUUUCAUGCUUACGCGAUCAUCAGAUAGAUCUUAAUGAAAAGAAUACCUCACUUAAUUUAAAUAAAUACUGAUUUAAAUCUCGAAAAUGCCCCCCUAAACAUGAAGAUCUAGAUAGAUUCGAAGCAGACCUCAUGGACAUGGUAAACAACAUCCAAUUCAGAGACACACAAGACGAAUUUCAAACCCAGCUAAAUAGGGACAUACAAAGAAUCAAAAGCUCUACGAAAGCCUUCAUCCCCGCCGACAAAACAACUAACCUCUGCGAACUCGACGAAACCCAGCACGAAAAACUAAUGCAAAACAACUUAACGACAACUCACAAAGAGGCGGGCAAGGACUUUGUUUACAAUAUUAGCCAAGAAGCAAAGGCCAUAGCAACGCAACUCGACAUCCAGGACCGAACUGAAGACUAAUCAACCCAGUCAAAAGCGAAUAAGUAAACAAAUACUCCAAAGAAUCGACACCGACGUAAGAAACAAAACUUCACUUAACCAAUGGAAAAACUCCUCCACCGUAAUCGACUGAUUCAAAAAUAUCUUCGACAAGCAUCUACACACCUUCACCGUAUUCGACAUCGAAAGCUUCUACCCUUCCAUAUCUGAUAAACUACUGACCAAAGCCAUCCACUUCGCUAUGCAUGAAACGCACCAAGAUCACCAAUUAAGAUAUCGAUAUCAUCAUGCACUCCAGAAAAUCAAUUAUAUUCCACAACAGAUCACCAAGGGUGAAAAAAGACAACGACGAUUUGUUUGACGUAACGAUGGGAAGCUUUGACGGCGCAGAAGUAUGCAAACUAAUUGGACUUUCUAUAUUGAACGACCUUGCAAACAAAUACUGAACAAACAACAUCGGACUCUACAGGGACGAAGGACUCGCCAUUUUUAAGAACACCACAGGACCUCAAGUAGAGAGGACACAGAAAGAAAUAACAAGGCACUUCAAGGAACACGGACCGAAAUUAACAAUUCAAAGUAAUUUAAAAUCACUUGACUACCUCGCUAUUACACUCAAAUUGACGAACGGACUCUUCCAACCGUACAGAAGACCGAAUGACGAGCCGCUUUAUAUCAUAACCACCCACCCACUGUAAUCAAGCAAAUACCCGCAGCCAUCAAUCGCAAAUUAUCAGCCUUAUCAUCCGACAAAGAAACAUUCGACAGAGCUAAGCCUCUCUACAACAAAGCCCUUAGAUCAAGUGGAUUCAACGAAAGCCUUAACUACUGCAAGAAAAACACUACCGCACCCACGAAAAGAAAUAGUAAAAGAAACAUCAUUUGCUUUAACCCCCAAUACAGCAAAAAUGUCCAAAACCAACGUCGCUCAAACCUUCCUCAACCUAGUCAAGAAACACUUCCCAUUAAACCAACAUCUCCACCCAGUCUUUAACAAGAAUAAUGUGAAAGUAAGCUACAGUUGCAUACCGAACAUGGGCAGCAUCAUUAACAACCAUAACAACAACAACACCGCAACGCAAAACGGAUGCAACUGUAGAGAAAGAGACCAAUUCCCGCUAGAUAACAACUGCCUCAUCAUUAGCGUAAUCUACAAAACCAAGGUGACCACGGACAAAGACAACACAGGAAAGAACUUCAUCGGACUAAAAGAUGGAACAUUCAAACAACGAUGUAUGCAACAUAGACUAUCAUUUCGCAACAGGAAAUAUGCUAACCGCACCGAACUAGCAAAAUUGAACAACCACUGUAUAUAUUUAAACUAAGUGAGGUACAAUCUUCAUUAAAAUCUGUCUGAUGAUCUCGUAAGGAGGGGGACAUGGUGGGUUCUGAAUACCGUAACACCGCAAACAAAAUAGAACAAACACCGCAUCACCACAAGAAAUAUUAUCAACUCACCGACACCGCAAGAUUUACCUGGUCUAAAUUAAAAAAAAAAAACGUCAUCACCGUUACUUCUACUUUUCAAACAAAAGAAACACAUCACAAGACAUUCCUACCGCAGUCUCCGUGUGUAAAGUUCCUUGCUGUCACCUACAUUUUAUUAGGCGACACUAAAAGAAGUCAAAGAAGUUACUGCUGCCAAGUGAUACGAUAGUGUUUCCGUUAGGUCAGCCUUGCGUCCUCUGAAGUUAGAAUACAUUCUCAAAAAAAGUGAAGUUCACCGUUUGCUUCCUUUGAUCUCACGACUUUCUUUGUCUAAUUUUUUUUGUUUAAAAUCCAUUUUCUAUUUCAUAGAAAAAGUUAUACAGUUAGUCAUCGUGGUGACUAACACUAUACCAGCUAAGUUUAUCGUUUUUCUAUCGAUGUGGUCAACGAUGAUGUCGACUGGUUUUGCUUCAUCCUAUAAAGAACCGGGUGGUCCGCUUUCACUCAUUGGUUUAACAACAGCUGCGAUUGGCAUAUAAACUCAGGGAGAUUGCCAUGCUUUGCCAUGGUCGUCUCUUGGCGCACUCUCCGCUGUCGCACUGCUGCUCCGUACGCCGAAGCCCAAUUCCGCAUAAUAUCGCAAUUUGCAUUAGACAUAUAAACGAUGGGAAGUGGCUUUAUCAAAGGGACUUUAGAGAAUGGUAUUGUCUCCUUUGGUUUUGGGAACCAUGACUUCCUACUUGUAUGAUAAAACCCGGCCCAUUGUGUCGUCUUCUUGAUUCUUUCAUGGUAAAUUCAAAGGAUCUAGCAUACUCCAUCAUAGACAUGUUCACCUGUUUGAUAUGAACAGCGGAAUGGCAAUUCUCUACGUCCAGUGUCAUACAACUCAAGAGAUUAGUUGAAUUUUAAUUGAAUGGUUGCAAAUUGCUGCACAAUCUUCUGCAGCCCCCAUUCAAGAGGUGCAACUGAGGCCACGGUCCUGGCGGAAACAUUAAUUAUAAAUAUUAAUGAGGUCCUUUAAUAGCACUUGUAAUGCCAGUACUCAUUCGGAUCUCGUUGGUGUUCCUCUCUAGGAGCUCUUCACGCUGGCGGACAAAGGAAAGCGCUACUGUCAACAUUCAUGGCUCAUCUUUCAGUUGAACUACUUCCAAAGAAAAUGUCCUGAUUCCCUCGCAAUGUGACCGGAAAAUGCAUCCAAUAUGCAGAAACAUGCUGUAGAUCCUUUGCCAUGAAUGCCCAUACUUCAUGAUUUCUUGCAGGUUUACCCCUCUCAGCCCAACGCCAUCCUUUUCCACUUGAAAAGAGACAAUCCCUCUAUAACACCGCAGUUUAUGUGAUAAAUCUACUUCACACCCCCUUCCCCCUUACGAUAUCCGGCAACACCAGAAAUGGUUUAUUUCACGGAACACCGUCGGUUUGAAAUUACAAACAUCGUACACCGUAAGGUUUGAGAUCACCGCAACACUGCGAUACCGAUUGUUCUUCACCGCAAUACCGUAUCAAAAAAAGGUCAACACCGCAACAUCGCAAACCCCCAUGUCCCCCUCCGUAAGCGUGAAAUUCAGAGGCACGGAAAAAAUUGUCUUAUUGAUUAGUUCAACCUUCAGAUAUAUAUAUAUAUAAAUCAAUGUGGGGGUAGAGUCUACCUUGGCAUAAAGUGCUCAAUGCUGUGGUAGCCUGAACCUAACGACAAAUUACUUAAGUUUCCAUUUAGUACUCCACGCCGCUUUCAAACGUCAUGCUGAGAUUAAGUUGUGGCGCCAUAAGAGAUAAUAAGCACAUCCAGUAGUUCGCAAGAUUCCAACUAAAAAUAUAUAUUUAUUUUUAAGUCGACGUCUUCCUUAGCGUUGCCGUCCUAAUUGCUAAAGGUCCCUACAAGUGCCACAAGACGCGAGUUCCUCUGCCCGCGAAAAUAUUUGAGACAAUUCAUCGCUAAUUUCAGUGCUAGACAAUUAUCUCGCUACCAGGAAUAUUUGCCACCAGCGAGCUAGCCAUCAAGGCAAUCUCGUCACUACCAAGUCGCCAUCAGUAAACUCGCCACAAAGGUUGCUAGCUAAUUUGAUAUACAUUCAAAGCAUUAGGUGACUCUUCAGUUUGCUCUUGAGUCUCGUGGGCAUCGCCAUACGAAUACCACGGGAAAUACUGCAGAGCCGUACUAAAGGCUCGAUAGUUUUUUCAAGAUGGCGAAAGGUGAGUCAAAUGCGCGUAACGAUCGAAAAGGUACCAAUUUGAUCUGAUUUAAGAGACGACAAGAUAUCAAACAAGCUAUCAGAUAUCAAACAAAGUCUAGUCUGUAAAUAUUUAGAAUGUACAUCAAAGGGAAAGUGACAAUAAACAUUUAACGGAAUGAGAACGAAUAACAAGACCGACAAGAAAUGUUAUCGAUCGCAUGCAUUUUUUGUCGACAAAACAAAUGUUUCGAAGUUUGAAAGUUCACAAGGGGAUCCUUUUUUAUCCCAUAAAAAACAAGGAGCAACAAGUUAGAGCUCCAGUAAACGUAAAUUUAUUUAAUCAAACAUUUAAUAGCUCUAUUUCUAAAAACUACAACGAUGGCAGGGGUGGAUCCAGGAUUUUGAGUGAGUAGUUUCCACCCGAGGACCCACUCCUGCUAGGGGGGGGUUCGGGGGCAUGCCCCCCCGAGAAAAUUUGAAAUUUAGAGCUCUCUAAAGGCCAUUUCAUGCAUUUUUAGAAAAUUUAAUUGCCCCCAAAAGACUAAAAAAGCAUGUAAUCAAAAAGGCAAAAAACAUUUAUUUUUCUUGAAAGUACUACAGGAAACACUCUGAUCUACAAAUAUUCCACCUUUAGCUACUGUGCAAACCAGUGUAUAUAGUGUUUUCAGGAAGGCCAAGUCAUCACCAAGACUUUUCACACUGGAAAACAUCACCUCCCAGUCAGGAAAAUCAAGAUGUGGAGAAAAAAAAACGAACCAAGUGUUAGUGUUUUUGAUAACAAAAGAAAAACAAGCACAAUUGAUGAUAUAGUUUAAAGAUUGAUAAUAAAAAUCUACUUGCCUUUUUCAUCCUUGGGACCACAGGCUUAUCAUCCAUAAAGCCCUUCUCUCUCUCAAAUUUCUUCUGUGUUGUGCUCCUAUAAUGAAUGAAAUGAAUGAAAGCCAGGCUCAAUAAAUCCAAAUGUUUAGCAACACUAAAAACAACAUUUCCUGAGCUGGCUUUUAUUCAUUUCAUUUAUAGGAGCACAACACAGAAAAGAAUUUGAGAGAGAGAGAAGGGCUUUAUGGAUGGUUAGCCUGUGUUGGGAGCUGGAAUUAAAAAAAUAAAACAAUUAUUAGAAAAAUAUAAAUUAUAAGAAUCAUAAAAUGAUAUACAAAUUGAAGUAAAAUGAUAAUUUGAAAUAAUACUAGCCUUUCUUCAUCCUUGGGAAUUGCUGUGAAGCUGGUUGAGUUCAGUGAAAAUGUUUGUUAACCAUUUAAGCUUAACAUGAAAACCCAAUGUCAAUGUCAAUGGAAAAUCAUCACAAGUAAAACAAAAUAGAAAAUAACCUUGAAAUGAGUUGAAAAAAGUUAUACAGGCACCAGUUUGAGCUUCUGUACUGUUCUCCAUCAGUUUAAGGAUUAUGAGACUUAAAGGCCAUAACCCAGACAGAACAUAACUCACAAGUACUCUAGAAACAGCUGGUGCAAAAAAUUAUUACAAAAUGUUUGCCAUUCUCAUUCUCCUAGGAUGUAACUCAGCAAAUAAAUCUAUUAUACGUUCAAGGUCAAAAUCCAUGUCUCUGUGGGCAUGCAUCAGUGCCAAUCCAUUCAGUCUGUCCUGGGUCAUUGUAUUUCUCAAAUAGUUCUUAAGAUUCCGAAGGGAUGAUAUGGAUCUCUCACAAGAUGCAGAUGAAAUUGGAAUUGUGAUCAGGACUUUCAGCAUGGAAUAGAUGUUGACAUAUGCAUCUUUGUCAAUAUCCUUCAGUGUAGCCUCCAAACUGUCAGGAAUAAUAUCUCCUCUGUUAUCCCUCCCCUUCCACAAUCUCUCCCAUAACAAAAGCUCUGCCUGUAAUCCUGCAUAAUUUGGUAUGUCCUGUCUGUAAUGGUUACAAAAUUCCAAAACAUUGGCCUUCCAGGCAGGGUCAGUAGCUAGUAAAAAGAGGGAAUAAUCGAAAUACCUUUAUAGCAAACAAAUACAUCAUCCUGGAAUCUGGUGUUGAGCUGCUGGAGUACAUGGUCAAGAAAAACUCUAGUGAGAUUGAUCUUGAAAUACCCUCAGGAGUUGCAGCAGGAGCAUUAUUUCUAUGCAUUUGUCUCUGGGCUAUCCUUGGCAUUUCUGGCUGGACUGCUACUUGUCUUGCAAUGGUCACUGCUUCCUGGUAGAGAUUAUGAUGUCUGUUAUCAAUGUCAGUGCUCAUGUCUUCAAGGACUGAUUUCAAAAGAGCAAGUUCAUCUUUAGCUUUUAGAAGAUCCAUUGCUUUUUGUUGCAGCUUCACUGUGAGUGGUCUAGUUAAUCCCAAAAUAUGUCUGACAAUAACAAGAGAAACAAUAAAGGAAAAGUUGAUUGCAUUAAUUAAGGACUGAGCAUCAUGUCUGCUUGUUGGAUUCCAGGUUGAGUCUCCAGGGCUGUUUCUGUUAAGUGAGAUGUCUUCAAGUGUAGCUGUGACUGGGUAGAGAAGUUCAACUAUGCGGUCCAUUCCAUCAAUCCGUUCAAUCCAUCGUGUGCGGCACACAUCAAUUAAAACAGUAUGGUUUGCCCGAGGCAAUAGUUCUCUGAUCUUGGCUAUUAAAUGUUGUUGACGCUUGGGAGAGUUGUUAAAAAAAUUAGAAAUCUUGCGCACAAUAUCCAUCAUGUUCCUGACAAUUGGCAAUUGGCAAGUGUCUGCUAUGCACAAAUUAAGCCUGUGGUUCAUGCAGUGGACAUAGAUUGCCUUUUCGUGUUCUGCACUGAUCAAUGAGGAGGCUCCAUUUAGUCUUCCAGCCAUAUUGCCUGCACCAUCAUAACACUGCCCACGACAGUCUUCCAUUGUCAAUCCUAAGUUUGCUACAGCUGCAGUUAUAAUGUCCUUGAUAGCCUCCCUGUUAAUCCCCUCCUCACAAAUGUAAUACCCAAUAAAUUCUUCUUGGAUGGUUUUAGUUGUAUCCAGAAAUCUUAUUACUACAGAAACAUUCUCCUUAUUUGAAAUGUCAGCAGCUUCAUCUGCCAUAACUGAAAAAUACUUACUAUUUCUUAUUUCCUGUGAUAGAUCAUUCAAAAUGUGAGCACCAACAGUUUCUAUCAUUUCAUUCUGAAUGGUCUUUGAAAUGUAUGUGGCAUUUCUGGGUGCAGUGUCCAGGUGUUGCUGCAGUGUUUGGUCACCACUGUCUACCCGGAAUUCUAGCAAUGCCUGGAAAUUACCGGUUAGGGCAGCAUUAGUGGGAUCAUCAUCUCUCCGCCCCUGAGUGGGAUGUUGUUUUUCCCACAGAAAAUAAUAGUUUUGAAAAGGGACUUUAGAAUCUCCCGAUUUCUCGCGAUUUGCUGUUGAACUAUGUUAUUUAACUGCUGGUCAAUUGGGACAGCUCCUCUUUGCAUCAUUCUCUUGAAAUCAUUCAUAGCAGUCAUAGAAAAAUUGUGAAUUUCACAAUUUCCUAGCGAGUGUUUGGUUAAGCGAGAAGCGGCCGAAGUCCAAUUUGUGAGAGGAGACUUCAAUAAUUUGUCUAACUUAUUAGCGUUUCGCCCACACUGAACUCCAAAACAAACACAAGCUAAACAAAAUGCUCCAUCGAAAUAUUUGGAGUAAGCUAGCCAUGGAAAACCUUUUCAGCCAGCCCGAGACAAACUUACGAGAUUUUCCAUUUUCCAUUGACACGGGGAAAUAAAAAAGCUCACCUGGUUUCCACACGUUUUCGACGAACUCCAGCUUCUGAUGCGGCGAGUAGUUGUGGAUCUCGUCGAAAACUAGGCCAAUGUCGAAGGGAGAACAAUCCUCCCUCCGACAAACAGGAUCUCCGCGAGUCAUAACACUAGUAUUUUUUAAACGUUUAACAGUAAAUUGUUAUUCCGUCGUUAACCCCUGAGCAAGUUCAAAAGUACUUGUAUUGUAGGAGCAACGAAAGAGACCCGCUGGGGGAGGAACUGCCCUUUUUAUACUUUGUCAGUAGUUUCCAAGGUAGUUUCCAAACACAACUAGCCAAUCAGAAGAGUGUUUUGAGUGAGUUCCGAUGACGAAAUCUUUGCUAGCCAAUCGUGAGGGGUUUUGACUGUGUUCCGCCUGUUAUUGUCACCAAAUAACAAGGACUUACACCCACCGGUUGCGUAAAGAUUGGCUCCACGAACAUUUUCCGACGGCUUCCGACGGUUUCCGAGGUGUAAUCGAAGCUCGAAAGGCCAGCGCGUGAUCCGGAGCGCUCCCGAACGCCUCAUGACCGCAAUUAUAACGAAAUUAGUCAUUCUAAACGUAUUUUCUUUAAUAAAUAACUGUAAAACAGAAAGAUGGUUUAUUUCUGGAAGACGUUUAGUGAUUUCCACAAAAGUAUCAGUAGUUUCCAAAGGGAAAUUAGAGUGUUUUCCAAAAGUACUUUUAUCAACAUUUAACUAGGUCGGAAAAAAUUUGAGUGAGUUCCGGAAAUCAGGUAAACUACCCUGGAUCCACCCCUGGAUGGUUACCGGAUGAGUGUUUGGUGACGAGGUAACACGUCCUGGUCAGACAGACCUCGCAUAGUGUAACUGGGGACUAGUUCGGCACCAUAGCAUUAGUAAGAAAUGUAAAGAAAAUUUUUAACGUGAUAAAAAUCGUCAUCAUUUUUUACCUAUUUUCUUAGAGCCACUGCUGGUGUUGAUAGAAUAUGUUCCUUUUGGAGACCUGCUGGGUUAUCUGAGAAAGAGCUGUGGAUUAAAUGACACUUACUAUAAAGACCCGGAUAUCAAACCACAAACAAACCUGAGAUCACAGCAGCUGAUGAAGUUCGCAUGGCAAAUCGCUGAUGGCAUGAGUUACUUGUCGUCGAAAUCUGUAAGUUUAAGAAGUUUGGAACUAUUCGUCAGAUUAACUCAGAUAGAAAUGGUUCUUUUUUUUUUUUUUUUCCAGAAAUAAUUCUGCUAAUUAAACAUUUACAUAACAUGUAAUUGAGGAGUUUUGUAUCUGUCGAGUACUCGAGUGUCGAGUAGUGGAGUUAUCAUUAGCAGGGACACUUGUCAGCAGAGCACUCAGAUUUGAAUAGUGAUGAUAAUCAUAAUUUUUACAAUGACAUUGAUAGCAAUGAUGAUGAUGAUGAUGGCAAUAUUAAUGAUAGUUACAAUAAUGAUGAAUAUCAUUAUCCUUCUGAGCUGGGGCAAAUAAUUAGAAUUAGAGCUUUUGUUUGCUUGUUACAGGAGGAAUUUCGGAUUUCAUUGAUUUCAUCGUGGCUAUACUGCCUCAUAUUGGAGAAAAAGUCACAUAUGUCGUCGGAAUUAGUUAGUGAGUGUCCCUGUGUUACUUAUUGUUUGUUUCGGAGUAUCUCAGUAGUUUUAUAUUCGCACCGAGUACUCAGUUGAGUUCUUUAUUUUUGGGAUUCCUAGCCUAUUGCUUCUAACGCUUUUUAUGUUAUCAUCCUUGUAAGUCCGUAGGUAAAUAAGAAAUUCCGAGACUUUUUGCAGGCUGUUUAAGAAAUCCCAAGCAACCACUUUAGAUUUUACCUAAGUUAAUUUAAUCGAUUUCACUUUUAACAGCAGCUUCUUAUAACUAAUACCUAGUAAUGUUGAAUCAAAUGUCACCUUAUGAGUCAACAGAUAUGAAACACGAGCCGUAGGAACAGUCAAAGUUCAUUGCUGAUUGACUUAACUCAAUCAUCUUAUGUAAACGUUGGCAGCUACCGCAUCUGAAAGAAUGUUCUCAAUAAUAAGAAUGCCGAACCGAUUUUAACUGGAUGUUCCUCCGAUAUCUCCUAUAGUUUACCUCUGACUAUCUCCGUUGUUCAACGUUCGUUCCUCAUAUCAUCGAACACAACCGCAUUUGAAUCAGCAAAUUAUGCCCAGUAGAUCCGAAAAUGAACAUUUUUCAGGUUUUUCCGUGAUACUACGAGAACUUUAAACAUCUCAAAAUAAAUUCAUAGUCUCGCAGACGCAUAGUUAUAAUUACGAACAAAACCAUACUUUUCUUGUAGAAAUAUCUAAAUAGGUGUGAUCUGCCCGUCAAAGAAACUUUGAGGAAAAAUUUUGCUCUUUGAAGGAAGAACAUCAUACCGUUUGAAUGCUCCACAUAUACCCAAAAGAGUUGCUAAUUUAGGAAGCGAACAAUGAGCGAAGUUUGAUAGGCUGAUCCUAUUCAGCAGAAUGAAGGAACGGUAAAUUGGUGCAAUGGCGGUAUUGCGUAAUAUCCAUAAACAAGCAAUGGCGGAAUAUCCCAAAACGCGGAAUGCCUUGCUGUAUGAAACAAAAGUCUCAGAAAGAUAGAAUUGUGAUGAAAUAAGAAUAUUACUUGAAAAUAACAGGUGAACAUUAAAGAAGAAUUGUGUAGUAAUUUUGUUAGUGCCCAUAGGAUGGAGAAACCGGGAGGCUUUUAAGCUGGUCCCUCUAAAUUGUCAUUAUCGUUAUUAUCAUAUUUAUUAUUGUUGAUAUGAUUAUUUGUUACCGUUUAAUUAAAUGUCAGCUAAUCACAGGAAGUGAUAUGGGAAGUUUAUGUUUCAGUUUUUCCGUAUUACAGUGCUCGACACAUAGAAGUGGAGCAUGAUAUAAAUUGAGUUAGGGGGAAAAACAAAGAGACUAAGCUUUGUUCCGACACGCCUGUUUCGUGAUUAGAUCAUGUUACGGGAAAAUUUACUGAUUUUCCGUGUGUUUGUUUGGAACAUAUUUAUUUGUAAACUUUUAGAGUUCAUUAAAGUUCUUUCAUUCUAGUAAGUAAAAAAAAAAUGUAUAAAAACCACAGUAGCUUUUGGAAUAGAUUUUGCUUGUGUUUUGCUUUUGUUAUUUAUUACAGGGUUUUUUUUAAGCUAGUAUAAGUGUUUAUGGUCUUUCUGGAAAAAUUGGUUUUCAUGGUAGAUAGCGGCUGAGUUUAUACUCGUAACUUUAAUUUCUUUUCAUACGAUAGUUUCCACACCAACCUCGCAUAGAUAAGGAGAAACUUUGGUUUGCUUUUCCAUUUUUAUUUUUUAAGCUGCUCUGCUGUAACUAAGAUAGGUAUAUUUUCUAUACCAGAGCUGUGAAUUCGCACCUAAGUUUCCUAUUUUAAUGGCCUCGAGUUUAUUGCAUCCGUCUUUUUAAUUUUGAGAUUCUUUCCGUCGUAGAAAUAGAUGGAAUAUUUAAGUAGCUUUCGUUUAAUUUAAUUUCGUUUAAUUUCAAAGACUUUUUUCCGCUUCUCUGUGUUCUUAUUCAAAUACUGUGAUUUGUGUAACAGUAGAACCUCACACCAGUUCAUAUUUAAGCAAGUACUUUGAAAAGCUUUUUCGAUUACACACACGACGGCGUACUGAUUACAUCCACGACGGCGUACCGAUUACACAGACGACGGUGUGCCGAUUACAGAUUUAGUUUUGACUCUAGCAUGAUGUAUGUUAGAGCGCUCUACGAAUAAAACUCUACUGUGGAACCAAAACGCUGUCUCUUCCUUGACGUCCGUACAAGCUCACUCAAAGUAGAUCUCCGUGUACCAGGAAAUCGUGACGAGUUUCCGUUCUCGUCAGCCGAGUGGUCUCUACCGAGUUCAUUCCCCCCGUUUUGUGCGUUUCCCGCGAAGUCAAAUUUAGUGCGCGAAAACCUAUCGUCACAAUCACUCCUCAGGGGAUUUUGUCUGAAAAUAUCAUAUGAUAUUACCUCUGUUAUUGUUCAAUGCCAUAAAAAUUCUGCUUUAUCAGUAGCCACACGUAAUCUCAGACGGCCUUUUUUUCUCUUCAUCCGUUAGAUCAUCCACCGAGACCUCGCAGCUCGUAACGUGUUGGUCGGAGAAAGUGAAACUUGUAAAGUAACAGAUUUCGGAAUGGCUAGAAAUGUGCAAGAGGAAAAUAUCUACGAGAGAAAGACAAAGGUAAUAAGAAAGAAAUAAGCUUUAGUUCAUCAAAUGACAUGUAUUUGUCAUAACUGUGCUCUAUUCUGUUGGAUCACUUUCAUUCACUUCUCCUUACGGUUAGAAUAGUUCAAAUAAUCUUAUUGGCUUUACAAGACUAAAGUUUUCAAAAAUGCCAAACCAUCAAAGUUAAAAAACCAUCAGAGGUCAUAUUCUACAAUAAUUCACAAGCUUAAAUAGUUUGGCAGGUCGAAACUAACACUUUUUGCCGGAAGUUUUUUAGUCUCUAACCUGAAAGUGAAAUGUCCACUGAAAGCCGGCCAAACUGUGACUCAUAAAAAAGCGAGUUUUUUCACAUUACAACGAGGAAACAUAUUGCUCAAAGCGUGUGUUUUAUGAAUGAACGACAGCCGAAAUCAUCGGAACAUAAAAAUUGCUCGGGAUGACAGCGCCUUAAAACUCCGCUGCAGUGACUGAUGUGGCCUUCUACUCAACACAUCGGAUAUGAUAUCAGAGCAAGUUCUUAGCUGUUCACUCCAAGGGCGGCCGAUGUAAUUUCUGAGGCUUGCUUCAAAGCGAUGACCGGAGAUCGCCAUAAUGAGCUAGCCGCGUUGGAUCUCAGCAUGAUCGCGGUCGCUUUGACACGUUCUUUCAACCAAUGACAGCACACGUCAUAUCCAAACUAAGUAUUCCAUCCCGAUUAAGGUAGACCUUUUGGAGCUCAAAAUUAAAAGUAGAUAUGCUAAGCAAUACCCUUAUCGAAAAACAAUGACCAUGUAGCUCUUUCAAGCUACAAAAUUAGCUCUGGAGUUAACGAUACUUUUUUCCCAAACGCGAUGCUUAUUACAGCUGAAAAAGAAGCUGAGUUUGUUGACUUCAACUGAGCCCUUGCGACGUUGGAGACGGUAUCCGGUUUGAUUGCACCAUGGUUCGAUCGCUCCACUCGAAAUUUAGAUCGCUCUAUCAAAUUAGUGACUUCGCUACCAACAUAAGGUACUUUUCUCCGUGUGGUAAUGUGAAGUAUUACUUAUUAAUGACCUUUAAAGUUUAUCGGUGAUUAUGUGUCUUCCGACGAUUCGAGUACAUCGUAUUCACUCUGUCCUUCAGAUUAGCCACCGAGCUACCGAUGCAUGAUGUAUAGCGAUGGUGGAAUGAAUAAUCAUUCAAAUAAAUGAUCAUUCAAAUACCAGUACUGUCCAAUGUGGCCUUUUUGGCUUUUUGAUGUAAGGAAACUGGUUACUGCCAUCUUUAAUUAAUAAAGUAGAUUACACUUCGUGAGUCCCUCACAUGAGGCUUUAUUUCUUCUUUCUGCGUAGCUCACAUCUAUUUCAAGCGCGCACGAGCAAUAUAAAUCGAUUGUUAGGUACAAUAUGCACGUUAUUUGAUGAGCUAUCAAUUUAAAUACCUUAGUUUUGUUACUGUUACGUUAAAUGUCCCAAAAAAAUGGGGAGAUGUUCAAAAGAGGAUUUUGUCACAGUUUUUCAAAAUCAUACAACUUUCAGAAUCUUCAACAAAAAGACGAGCAAUUUUCUUGGUCGUAAAGUUAAUUAAACAACAAUUCAAGCAUGCUGAAUGUACUACGCGUUCUCGUACCUGUAGGAAACUCCUUCAUUUUUCGAUUCUGAGCAGAAUAUUUUACGAUUCUUUGAAUAAAGACUCUAUCUCGAAAUAUUUCUUGUUCGUUUUGGCCUUGUCAGUUAUUCACAGCUGUUGGUUAGAACUCGAUUACCUGGUAAACCCGACACAGCUGUAAUAAACUCUUUUUUCGUGCACAAUUUGUGUCUGCAUGCCAGAGUUGCUCUCGUCUACGCCUCCAGAGACUCUUACGCUUCUCUCGUGCUCUCCAAACUUCGCACAAAGCAUGAACCAAUUCUUUAAUUUAACCGAUCGCUUUAGCUCUUGCUUUUCUUGCUAUUGAAAUAUCUGGGAGUCGAUUGACCGAUCACAUUUCCAUUUGAACAAAAACCCCUCAGUUUUCUGCGAAUUCUUCACCGAUCACAUUUUCGUCCCAAAAUUCAACCAGGUGUAAAGGCCACCGCAUCCAGUUCAUAAUGAACCUCUAGCGCAUUGUCCGUCGGCCAGAUAAGAUAGGGAGUGAAAGAUGAGAAUAGGCUUAGUUCGUGGAGAAUGUAGAAAAUUAAGGCAAAAUUUAAGUUAUGAUGUGGCUGAUCACGUGUUGCAAAGACGGCGAAAAGCGCCCGUCAUUUUUCAAGGAAAGCAGCCAGUAUGCCUAUACAUAUAAUCGAUGAACUCACUUUGUGAAAUGAUGUCAAUUCUGGCAGACGCAGGGCGAGAUCAGCGGAAAGAAUCGUUUGCUGUAAGUUUAACAGGAUGGAAUGGUCGUCCUAGGUUGGAAGUAAGGAAAGGUCAGCUUGAGCAUUUAGAAUGGCACGAUUCUGGAUAUCUCUGGGAGUCUUGGCGCAAGCGUCAGUGCUAUUAAAAGGCAACUCUCUGAGAAUUUGACAUUUUAAGUCAAGGAACCGUAGAGAAGAUUACUGAUGCUAUGCUGAUCUUGAUACUGUUUUGCGGAACAUAUUUAGCUGAGUUUCCAAAGGCUGGGUAUAUAAGAGUGCUGUCCCAGCUUAAUUCUAGGUAGAAGUUUUGGAUUCUGUAGAUUUUGCUCAAUGCUGAGCAUUUGUGAAUUUUGAAGUUACCUAGGCAACAGAGUAGAAAAGUGUAGUUUCUUGGAAAGAGAUUGCCCCUUGGAGAGAAUAUUUGCUUCAUUGAGAAAAGAGGCACGGUUUAUGCACUGGCGAUCCUGAAUAUCAUAAAAGAGCGUCUCACAUGGUCGUUUAUCUUCCUCGGUCUCAAAGUUCUUAACUUAAACUUUUUUUCCAUUCAAAAUUUUAAGGGCCGCCUUCCAGUAAAGUGGACAGCUUAUGAGGCGCUGUUGUAUGGAAAAUAUACGACCAAAAGUGAUGCGUAAGUCCUGUGAAUUGAAUUUUUCGCCAUUUUCUAUUUUCAUAGCCGUAAAGCUUGACUCUACUACCUUGUCCUAUGCAGCAACUGAUAUCUGUUAAAUGCAUUCGCGCGGGAGGUGUUUCGAAUAAGUGGGAAGGGUAAAAAUCAGGUAAGAAUCGAUCAUUGGCUUGGUACGAACUUUUCGCCAUUUUCUAUUUUCAUAGCCGUAAAGCUUGACUCUACUACCUUGUCCUAAGCAGCAACUGAUAUCUGUUAAAUGCAUUCGCGCGGGAGGUGUUUCGAAUAAUUGGGAAGGGUAAAAAUCAGGUAAGAAUCGAUCAUUGGCUUGGUACGAACUGACUCAAACUUGGGUACGAAACGUCUGGGUAUGGAACGACCGGAUACCCUUUAAAAGGUGUUCUCCGUCUAAGAGGACGCGUCCCACGUCAUAUAUUAAUUUUGAUCAUUUCUUCAAUACGCCGCAUAAAAAUUUAAGCAUAGAGUUAUGCUCGUGUUGCAAUAGUCUCCCAAGUUAUUUUAUAUCAGGUGGUUCACCGUAUCCGCGGAUAGAUGGCAGGAAGAUUGCCAACUUACUUCAGCAGGGAUACAGAAUGCCUCAGCCACCACAUGUGGAUGAUAAGUUGUAUGUGCUAAAGUUUCUUUAAGACUGAUACUCUAAUGAGGCCUGAAAAUAUGUUACUGCGCCUUUGAUUCUACUUAGGUAUAUUUAGUAAGUAAUUAAAAAGCUUCAAUCCAAAGCAUCUUUUUCUUCUUCAGUAAUUAAAUUAAUCGCUUACUUUAUGGAAAUGUUCAUUCUUUAAAAUUUGAAAGAUAUCAGCAUAUCGAUUAGCAUAUCCACAUUCGAGAAAAUGACAAGUUAAACAUUUUUGUACGAUAACAAUGAAUUCAUCGUGAAAACAACUCACGUGUUUCGUUUCAAUUUGAUUUAAUGUACUUUAUGUAUAUCAAGUACCAACCUGUGUUAUAUGAAACAUAGGUACGACAUAAUGUUGAGAUGUUGGCAAGAUGACCCGGGUACAAGACCAACCUUCUUUGAUCUAAGAAACCAGCUCAAAGCCAUGGAAACAUUGCACAAGGUAAAUUUUACAUCCAGUUAUAUUACGAGGGAUCAUUAUAAAAUACGUGGAGUGAUUUACUAAUAAAAUUCUUAAUAACAUCGAAGUGUUCAUGAUAAACGCGGCAACUAUGUACCUGUACUCUCCAUUAAGUUGCUUGAUCAGCCAACUAAGUACAACUGAAGACUUCGUUUCCUUAGCUGCCAUGGGGUUGAGCAUUUUAGAUGAGGUCAUGCAGAAAUAAAUAAUUCUUGAUGGACAUUAGAGAAAUCCUCUUAUACCUUUCUUUCGUCCACAGAGGCUGAUCAAUAUGAAAAUCUACGACAAGCAGUUGUACGCAAACGUUGAGGAUUUGGUAGAGUAG